AAAUCUUAGUUUACUCUUCACCAAUUAGAAAACCAUUCGAACCCUUCAAACACGUAAAAUAUUAGUUAAGUCUUCAUCAUGCAAUCAGUCACUCGGUGAUUCCGUCCCGAGGUAGGGCCUGUAAUUGUGCCCAAUUUGACUGUGAGGACAAAGACCUUGGAGCUGCAGACUAAUUUGCUCUUCCAAUUCCUUGCUAGACACGGUGGGAGCUGUGGACUAUUUUCAGUCUCCUCGCAAUCACUGCCUAUAAUUCAGUUAAGAUUAUGUUCUAUGUGAUAAGAUAUAUCGUGUAUUUGUGUUUCGUAUGCAUUCAUGUAAACGAAACUUGAUUUCUAAUUUCACAGCCAAAAGAGAGAAAAAAAACAGAGUUUCUUAUUUGGAAUCUAUAUUUUGGUGAGGAUGGAGCAUGCACGUACUACUGGAGGCAGGCUGAGUUUGGUUAAACUCUUUCAUGGCAUCAUUCUUUUAUGCAUGAGCAUGCAUCUGGGAUCUGCGGCACUCUCCAGCACUAGUCUUGGAAAUGAAACUGAUCGCAUGGCACUACUCAACUUCAAGAAAAGCAUCACUCAAGAUCCCCUCCAUGUCAUGAGCUCAUGGAAUGAAUCCGUCCAUUUCUGCGGUUGGGUAGGCGUUGCGUGCAACCAUUACACUAAAAGAGUCCUCAUGUUGAACCUGCAAGAUCAGAAAUUGACAGGCUCUUUACCUCCUUCUAUAGGAAAUCUUUCCUAUCUUGCUAGAAUCAACCUAGGAAGCAACAGCUUUCGUGGUGAAAUUCCUGAAGAAAUUGGUCAUCUGCAAAGCCUGCACUUUCUCAACUUGUCUCACAAUUCCUUCAGUGGGAAAAUGCCAACCAAUUUAUCCCAGUGUACACAACUAAAGACGAUUGAGUUUCGUUACAAUGAGCUUAUUGGGUCAAUUCCAAACCAACUCAGUUCCUUGUUGAAAUUAAAUCAUAUGGGGUUCGAUCAUAACAAUCUCACCGGAAACAUUCCGAUUUGGAUAGGGAACUUUUCUUCUCUGCAUCACUUUGAUCUUAGCUUUAACAACUUGCAAGGAAGCAUACCCAAAGAGCUCGGGCGGCUAACAAGACUGCGAAGAUUCACACUUCAAGGAGGCAAUAUCUCUGGUAUAAUCCCUGCUUCAAUCUAUAAUAUUACUUCCAUAUCAAUGUUUGGUGUUGUUCAAAACCAACUGCAUGGAGAGCUACCGCCAAAUGUUGGCAUUACUCUUCCUAAUCUCCAAAUAUUUGCCGGUGGUGACAACAAAUUCACAGGAAAUAUUCCUGUAUCAUUGUCAAAUGCUUCUAGACUACAAGUUUUUUCCUUUCCUAAAAAUGGUCUUACUGGAACACUCCCUGCUGAAAAUUUUGGAUCCUUACAAAGCUUAGUUAAGCUAAACCUUGGUGAAAAUAGACUGGGAAGUGGGAAAGCUGGCGACCUUAACUUUCUCAAAUUCUUGGCUAAUUGUACAAGUCUUGAGUCGUUAAUUCUUGCGGAAAAUCAAUUUGGAGGAGAAUUGCCUGUGUCCAUUUCCAAUCUUUCUACCACAUUAAGAUCUUUUACUCUGGGGGUAAAUUUGAUACAUGGAAACAUCCCUUUGGGUAUUGGAAAUCUUGUAAACUUGACCACCAUCCAAAUGCAGUAUAACUAUUUCAGUGGUAGUCUCCCUGAAGAAAUUGGGAGGCUUAAGAAGUUGAAAGGAAUAUUUUUGGGCGGCAACAAUCUUUCUGGGCCAAUCCCGUCGUCCCUAGGUAACUUGACUUCAUUGUUAAAGCUCCAUCUAGAAUUCAAUAGAUUUGCGGGAAAUAUACCACCAAGUCUAGGAGAUUGCCAUAAUCUACUACAGCUCGACUUUGAUGGUAACAGUCUAACAGGCACCAUACCUAGAGAGAUUUUUGGGCUUUCAUCCCUUUCAAUUUUUUUGAGAAUGUCUGACAAUUAUUUGAUUGGUUCACUACCGUCUGAAGUUGGUCUUUUGGUAAAUCUAGUAGAGCUAGAUGUAUCAGGAAACAAUUUAUCAGCUGAAAUUCCCCCAACCCUUAGCAGUUGUAUUAUGCUGGUGAGUUUGUAUUUGGGAGGUAAUGAGUUUCAAGGAAUAAUUCCUCAAUCUCUUAAAAGUUUAAGAAGCCUGGAAGAGAUGGAUCUUUCGCGCAAUAACUUAUUCGGGCAGAUUCCUGAAUUUCUAAGCAAGUUUAGAUUUCUUAGGCAUCUCAACCUUUCAUAUAACAAUUUCGAGGGUAAAAUGCCUGAAGAAGGAAUUUUUUCAAAUGCAACUGGUCUCUCAAUUCUUGGAAAUCCUAAGCUCUGUGGUGGCAGCUCGAAAUUACAUUUACCUGCUUGCCCCAACAUAAAGCCUCAUUCAUCUCGAGGACUACUUGCCCGAAAAGUAGUCAUCCCAGUAGCUUGUGCACUUGCCUUCAUAAUUGCUAUGUCUUGCUCCAUUGUUGCUUGCUCAAUGCUUAAAAAGCGAAGAGGUAUACCUACAACUUCACGUUCUUAUAAGGAUUGGAAAUCAGGAGUCUCUUACUCAGAACUUUUUGAAUCAACUAACGGGUUCUCUAGGGAAAAUCUUAUUGGUUCAGGAAGUUUUGGUUCGGUGUACAAAGGAAUAGCCCCCGGUAAUGGAACUCUAGUUGCAGUAAAGGUAUUAAACCUUCAACAACAAGGAGCAUCCAAGAGUUUUAUGAAUGAAUGCAAAGCUUUGAGAAGAAUAACACACCGUAAUCUUCUCAAGGUCAUAACUUCAUGCUCAAGCAUUGACAAUCAGGGUCAAGAUUUCAAAAGUCUAGUUUUUGAGUACAUGGUGAAUGGAAGCCUAGAUAUGUGGUUGCAUCCGAGAGAUGAUGAGCAAUCUCAAAGCAAGAGAUUGAGCCUUAUCCAAAGACUCAAUAUUGCAAUUGAUGUUGCUUUAGCAUUGGAUUAUCUCCACCACCGUUGCGAAACUUCAAUUGUUCAUUGUGAUAUGAAGCCAAGUAAUGUUCUUCUUGACGAAGAUAUGGUAGCUCACGUUGGUGACUUUGGUUUAGCAAGGUUCCUCUUGGCAGAGUCUGAUGAUCCAUCUCAAAGUCAAACUAUGUCAACCGGGUUAAGGGGUUCGAUAGGUUACAUUCCUCCAGAGUAUGGCAUGGGAGGUCAAGUUUCCAUCUUUGGAGAUAUUUAUAGCUUUGGAAUAUUGUUGCUAGAAAUAUUUACAGGAAGAAAACCUACAGAUGACAUGUUCAAUGAUGGUCUAAGCAUUCGCCAGUUCGCUACCAUGGCGAUGCCUGACCAUGCCAUUGACAUAGUUGACCCUUCAUUGCUCAUUGAAUGUGGAGAUGUAGAUGGCAGCCAACUUGAAGCAAGAAGGUUGGAGGAAUGCUCAGUUACAGUGAUUCAAAUCGGACUCUCAUGCUCUGCAAUAUCACCGCCGAAGCGGAUGCUUAUGGAUGUUGUUGUCAACAAAUUGAAGAAAAUUAGAGAAUCAUAUCUCAAUUUAAGAGGUAGAGGCUAGAAAUAUAAAUGUAAGCCCCAUUCUCGUAGACACUGUUGUGCAAGAAAAUUGUGAUUAACCACCUUUCGAUCUUAAUCCAACAGUGGAGAACUUAAGAUCGAAUGGUGGGUGACCACAAUUUUUUUCGACCACAGGGUCUAGGAUAACGGGACUGCAAGAAAUCAUUUGAAUAAGGAUAUUAUAUGUAUCAAAUUUGUGUGACAUCAUGUAAGGUUGAACUCAGCAUUUCAUAUAGUAGAAUAAGAAAAGAAUGUUUCAUUUGUUAAUGGUUAAUUUACAAUGAAGUC